UCUAAAAUACUAUCGCAAAAAUGAAAUCUUAUACUGAUCAUGCUUUAAUUGUGGUCCCACCACCACCUCCAAGAUUUACGUUGAAUGAAUGGCAUCUCAAUAAUACUUUCAGAUAUCAAUGCUCGGUAGCUCAACAAGAAUUAGCUGAUAGUCUUUUAUCAGAGUCAAAAAGAGUUUGCGAGUUAACUGCUGAAACGGCUAAAACUAACAAAGAAGAAACAGAUCAUCAGCUUAAAGAAAAAUUAGAGGAUAUUGAUUUUCGUAAAAAAGAAUUAUUAAGAAUAAGAAAAGAAGUAAUUCUUGAAAUUGAUGCACUUUGUACGUACAAAGAGCGUAUUAUGGAUGCACUUUCUUCUGUAAAAAGAAACGCUCUUAUUAUUUGUGAAAAAUGUCUUAUUGUGAGGGAACAUAGAUUAGGUAUAGAUUUAGUACACGAUCAGGUUGAAGCAGAAUUAUUGAAAGAGUGCGAUGUGAUUAAGGGUACAGAGAUUUUGUUAACACGUAUUUUGGAACAAACUCAAGAACAAAUACGUAGAUUAAAGGCUACUCUUUAUUACAUGGAUCAUGAUCUUGAAGAUAAAGAAAAUAAUUUACGUAUCGACAAACAUAAUUUAACAUUGAAGGAAACAAGUUUGAAUUUGAGUCUUUAUCAUGGAACUUCUCGUCUUGAUCCAUCGACUAUAACACUGAACGAAUGGGAAAUGCAAACGAAUAAUAAUAUUAUAACUGCCAGUAAAGAGAUCAAUAGUGCAAGACCUAUGCGUGCUUACAUUGAUACAAUAAUAAAACAAACUAUUGAUGAUCUUAAUAGUCAGAAAAAUGCAACAGAUGAAGCAUUUAGGAAACGUAUAGAAGAAACCAAAGAAAUAAAAACUAAAUUAGAAGUACAACAUUCAGAGAUAAUGCGACAAGCAAGUGAAAUGACACGAAACAUAACACAAAUAGAAAAAUCAAUUGCGGAAAAAGAAGGAUAUAUGGCCUUAGCUCAUACAAGAUUAGGCAAUCGAUGUCAACGACCUGGUUUAGAGCUUACUAGAGAUCUUGUAGAAACAUAUCUCGUCAAAGAAGUACAUGACUUACGUGAAAUUGUCAAAGAAUUGCAACAAACGCUCUGUGAGGCUCAAGCAUCACUGCGUUAUUUAUUAAAAACACAAAUUCAACUCGAAGAAGAUAUUAACAUUAAAACGAAUACAUUAAAAAUCGAUGAGGUUGAUUGUAUGACAUUACGCCAAAGUAUGAGUUAUCAUGCAUAUUAAAAAUGCAAUAUACUUUUGCUUUUUUAUAAUCUUUAGAUGUAUACGUGAUUUAUAAAAAAUAAAAAUUAAACAAUUUCAUUGUUACUCAUAAUAGAAAGGAAGUAACAAUUUUUAUUUAUCAGUAUAAUUAAAUCGUACACGUUAAAAGUGUUGCAAUUCACUUGAUUUCAUAAAUAAAUAAAUAAAUAAAA